AUGGCCCGAGAGGGUCUACGCCAGACCGCGCCGCCGCCGUCCACCGGGCCGGCCCCACCGCACCCAGCCUUUCUACGGUCGUGGCCCUCCGUGAUUGGCCAGCGCCGCGUGACGCGUGGCCGCUCUCGGAGCCCAUUGGUCCGGCGGGCCCGGAGGGGGCGGGGCCGGGGCGUCCAGCGUGGGGGCCGGGGCGUCCACCGUGGCUGCUGCGGUCCGGGGCUGGAGUGGGCGGGCGGUGGUGGGGGGAGACCCGCGGGAUCCCGGGCUGGGGGCCCUGGAGGGCCUGGGCACUGCUCGGCUCCUCAAGAAGGGUCCGGAACCCGGCGGAGUUUCCUCCUCGGACAGAUUUUACCCCAUAGGCUGACGCAUUUCCGAACGACUGAGUCUAAUCCCAAACGAAGAGAUUUCCAGACUGAUGACUUUUUACCGAGACUGACAGAUGGUUGUCACCUCUGCCUGACCACAUUUUCUCUCGUGCGCCACAUCGGGCCCCGAGCGGAGUGGAAAGUCGAGAGAGAGAGCGAGAGAGCGAGCAAGCCAGUCGGGCCUUGGAUGAGAAAAAAGCCUGCAAAGAAAUUCCGCGAAAUAAGAGCUUUUAGGAAGUGAAAUCGCAGGGUUGUGAUCUCCGAGUGUUAGGAAUACAUGUAAUGUAAUUUCAAGUUGCAUUUCUAAAUUGUCUGCUACGAGCAUACUUUUUUCAUUUCACGUGUUAAAACGAGGGUCCCGGGGUCUACCCUCAGCCCCCUGGCACGCGGGGCAGUUCGAGGCUCCUGCCCCGGCAGCUUGGGAGCAAUUUAGGCACAUGGAUAUUAGAAUGGAGCAAUCCGAUGAGCCCCCCGCCCCCCUUCGCCUGUUCACCUUAUUUGAAGCCAAUUACAAAAUGUGGAAUUCCCUAGAAUCACAAAGUGAUACUUUCUUUAACAAGUAGUUAGGGCUUCUUCUGUGCUUAGGUUCCAGGGACGCAAAGAUUAGGAAAACUCCUAUGUGGUGGUUGGAAAUGGGCAAAAAGUGAAAAGACAGAAUGGCUCUAGGUAAUUUUUCAAUGUCAUUAAGGCAGAUUAGCUCUUCAAUUAUAUUUUGGUGGGGAGGAAACAGGAUGGGAAGAGGGAACUAAAUCAACUCCGUCUCUUGAUACACAGGCCCUUUGAAGGGGCACAAUUUCUCUUAUUUCCAGGAGUGGGCCAUGAGUCUCCCACACGUACUUUCUUCCCCCGAGUUGGCAGAGCUGUAUCAGUGACUAUUGAAAACUGAGGGCGUCCUGAGCGCAUGCUGCUUCAGCGGGCUGGAAAAGAGGUGGGGUGAUCAGAGACUCCACCAGACAAAGAAGCCAGCUUCCUUUCUAAGUUUCAUCAUCCUGGAGCUAUCCGGGUCCUAAUGUGCCUCCCCCGAUCGGAGACUCACUCCUGGCCUCUGAGACCUUUGGGAGAAGUCUUUGGAGUGCCGUCUGGUUGAGACCUACACCUCUCUAGAAAGCUAUAAGAGGUUCUGAGAAACGCUAGGUAACUGUCAUGCAACCUUUUAUUAAGUUACCAUUUGUAAACAAGAGAAUGUCUGCGCUUUGUAAGAAGUCCCAGUGAAGCUAAAAUUUAAAUCAUGUAGGCAUAAAAAGAAAAUGCCAUGAGGCCCCGUUAGUCCAGCAGGGUGUUACAUGAGUAACAUGUAGGUACAAGAUGCUGGGGCAGAGGAGAAAGGUGGGUGGAUUGCAUUUUGGUGUUGGUUAAUGAGGUAGAAAUGGAAUGUUGAAAUUGACACCACCAGCUUUGUUUUCAAGGUUUUAUUGUCGAUAAACAUUUAAAAUCAUCCUCAAAAACAGUAAUUUGACCCAGUGCAGAUUACUAUCCAUGAAGUCUCACUCAACUCCAAACCUUUGAACAGUUUCAUAUCCUCUUUGUAUAAUCUGAUAAUUCUUGCAUCAGGUGCCAUUAAUAUUUUAUAACAUUCACUAGGCACUUGUGAUAAGAGAUCCAUAAAACACAAAGUUCUUAGACUGUGAAAUGCAAGAAACAGUGAUGAGAAGCUGUAGGUCAUUAAGUCAAAAUAAAUGUCAUUGUAAAACAAAACAAAACCCAGUUAUAAUCUGAAACUAAAACUCAAAAACUGCUUCUAAUGUGGUAGCCGCUAACCACAUGUGGCUAUCGAGCACCUGAAAUGUGGCUAGUCUGAAUUAAAAUGUGCUGCAAAUG